CGGGGGCCAGACAGCCUCACCCACGGGUGCUGAGCUUGCCAAGGCAGGAGGAGGAGGCUGUGCCCAUGGAGUCUCAGCAACUGCCGCUGGCUGCCCUCUGCCUGCUGGGGGUGCUGGUCACUUCCUGCCUUGGAUCGUCCAACUGGGAGGACACAGGGUUCCAGGUGGAACUACAAGGCUCCAACACGAAGUGCCAGGGCCAGGUGAUGGUCUCGUUAGAUGGGGCAUGGCACACAGUGGACAGCCGGAGCUGGGGCCAGAACCCAGACCGCCAUAGAGACCCCAAGCAAGCCUCCACACUCUGCCAGAAGCUGAACUGCGGGGACGCCUUGGCUCUCGCCCGCAUCCCUUACUUCAACAGGCCCCAGAAACAGAUCACCUGCCAGGGACAACUGGGAUCCUUUUCCAGCUGCAACAACAGCUGGAACCAGGGGCAUCCUCUAAGCCUGAUCUGCUUAGAGCCACUGAAGACCACCCCUCCUCCCACAAGGCCACCGCCCACCACUCCAGCUCCGCCCAGGCUGCAGCUGGUGCCGGAGCCCGGGGGCCUGCGGUGUGCGGGCGUGGUGGAGUUCUACCUCGGCAGCCGGGGCGGCACCGUCCGCUCCGAGGACCAGGACAGGACCGAGGACCUGGGGAACCGCAUCUGUGAGGUCGUCCGGUGUGGCUCCUUCCUGAGGUACCUGCCAGAGGUCAAGGCAGCCAGGACACAAGCCCCAGGGGACAGCAGUCCCUUGCCAAUCCAAUGGGCGAUCCAGAACUCGAGCUGCGCCUCCCUGGAGCAGUGCUUCAGAAAAGUCCAGUCCUGGGAGGACGACCACGCCCUCGCCCUGGUCUGCUCAGAUUUCCAGCCCAAGGUGCAGAGCCGCCUGGUGGGGAGCGGCAGCGUGUGCGCGGGCUCCGUGGAGGUGCGCCAACAUGGGCAGUGGGCAGCCCUGUGCCACAGCCACUCGAGCACAUCACGCUGGGAGGAGGUGUGCCAGGAGCAGCAGUGCGGCCACCUCAACUCCUACCGGGUGCUGGAUGCCGGCGAGAAGACCUCCCGGGGGCUCCUGUGCCCCCAGGACAAGCUGUCGCAGUGCCACCAGCUCCAGGAGAAAAGAUCCCACUGCAAGAGGGUGUUCAUCUCGUGCCAGGACCCAAACCCGGCGGGCCUGGGCACAGGCACCGUGCUGAGCAUCAUCCUGGCCCUCGUGCUCCUGGGCGUGCUGCUGGUCAUGUGCGGCCCUCUCGUCUACAAGAAGCUGGUGAAGAAAUUCCGCCAGAAGAAGCAGCGCCAGUGGAUCGGCCCCACGGGAAUGAACCAGAACAUGUCUUUCCAUCGCGACCACGCCACGACGGUCCGCCGGUCCCAGGUUGAGAACCCCGCAGCCUCAAACGUGGAGAAUGAGUACAGCCAGCCUCCCAGGAACUCCCGCGUCUCAGCCUAUCCAGCUCUGGAGGGGGCCCUGCAUCGAGUCUCCACCCAGCCCGACAACUCCUCGGACAGUGACUACGACCUGCAUGGAGCUCAGAGGCUGUGAAAGGCCCAGGAACCAGGAACAAACACCCAGAGCCAGACCUGGUGCCCUGAGAACACUGCGUUGGCCUGAUUUCUGCCCGCAGAGCACGGACGGAGGGCAGGGGCAUCUGGACAUUACAGCUGCCGGCCAGCUCUGCCGCCCCCAGGAGCCGGGCCCAGGAAGACCCACAGAACCUUGGCUGGCCCUCAAGUGCGGCAGCUGUGCGAGGGCAGAGCCCACCGACAAGCAGCCCGGGCAGACAUCUGGGGGCCAGGCUCUGGAAGCCCCUCCCGUCUGUGGGAAGCAGCACCCAAGCAGAAUUGGCUCUCUCCUCAGACUCGGACCUGGGGAGGACUCACCGGAGCUCACACAGGGGGGAGAGGUGGGAGCUGAAUUCUCCAGUGUACUUUUAAUAUGUUGUGUAAAUAAUGCCUUUUCUACUUUCUGAGAACUAGAGUGCCCAGCCUCCUCCGUCCAGGGUCACGCCCUGUCCCUCUGGAGAUGCCC